GAUAACAUUUCACUGGGGAAAAUGUAAUAUAUCUCAUGAUGGAUCUGAACAUAGUAUAGAUGGACAAAAAUAUCCCCUUGAGAUGCAAAUCUACUGUUAUGAUUCAAAUGAGUUUUCCGAUAUGGACAAAGCAAUUGAAGGAAAUGGGAAAUUAAGAACUUUAUCAGUUUUAUUUGAGGUUGGUCUGGAAGAUAAUAUAGAUUAUAAUUCAAUUAUUGAAGGAGUGGCCAGCGUUAGUCGGUUUGGGAAGAAAAAUGAACUGGAACCUUUCAUUUUGUUGAGUCUUUUGCCAAAUUCAACAGACAAAUAUUACACUUACAAUGGAUCUUUGUCAACUCCUCCAUGCUCAGAAACAGUUGAAUGGAUUGUGUUCAAAGACACUGUUAACAUUUCAGAAAACCAGCUGUCAGUGUUUUGUGAUGUUCUAACUAUGCAGCAAUCUGGUUAUGUGAUGCUAAUGGACUAUCUACAAAAUAACUUUAGAGAUCAACAGCAUAAAUUUUCUGGCCAAGUAUUUUCAUCAUACACUGGGCAGGAAGAAAUUCAUGAAGCAGUUUGCAGCUUAGAACCAGAAAAUGUUCAAGCUGAUCCAAAGAACUAUACCAGUCUCCUUGUUACUUGGGAAAGGCCACGUGUUGUAUAUGACACAAUGAUAGAAAAAUUUGCUGUUUUUUACCAACAGUUGGAAGGAGAAGACCAGACAAAGCAUGAAUUUCUAACAGAUGGUUAUCAGGACUUGGGAGCAAUUCUGAAUAAUCUACUGCCCAAUACGAGUUAUAUUCUUCAGAUAGUUGCUAUUUGUGCUAACGGUCUGUAUGGAAAGUACAGUGAUCAAGUUAUUGUUGACAUGCCUUUAGAUGACCCAGAAAUUGAACUGUUUCCUGAAUUGACUGAAACAGAAGAUUAUGAGGAGGAAGAUGAAAUGGAAGAUGAAAGGACAGGGUUGGAUGAAGACGCUACUGUAAUUGCCAGUAGAGAUAGUGCAACAAACCAAAUCAAAAAAAGCAAGUUCCAGUUUACCACAUCUAGCUACAGUCAGGAAAGGAUGGAAACAAAAUUCAGUGAAGAUGGAAUACCGAGAUAUUUCACAGAAGAGAAAUACUUACACGAUCGCUCCAAAGCAACUUUUGAUCAAACUUUUCCACCUUUCACUGAAGGACUAAAGGAGGAAGAGAAUAACCCCAUGGAAUUUCAAGCAGCAACAGCAAUUGUUCCUCCUGCAAGCAGCUCCACCAAAGCACUUUAUCCUAAUGAUCCCGAGGGGCCACAAGAUACUUCAGUUGCAGUUACAGUAUUGCUACAUUCUUCUACCUUUGCUCUCUCCUCUUCUGAGUUAUCAUCUUACUCUGUCUCAUCAAAUUCUGAAGAACGUGGCUCUGCUUCUUCUGGAAGUGAGGUACUCUCUCAGACAACUCAAGCAGUUUAUAAUGAAGCAAGUAAUAGUAGCCAUCAGUUGAUUAUUGGACUGCCAGAACAGAAGACAGUUAUACCCCUUGUGAUUGUAUCAACCUUGACAUUCACCUGUCUAGUGAUACUUGUUGCUAUUCUAAUAUAUUGGAGGAAAUGCUUUCAAACUGCACACUUUUAUUUAGAGGAUAACACAUCUCCUCGAGUGAUAUCCAUUCCCCCAGCACCCGUGUUUCCUGUGUCAGACGAUGUUGGAGCAAUCCCAACAAAACAUUUUCCAAAACAUGUUGCGGAUUUGCAUGCCAGUAAUGGAUUUCCAGAAGAAUUUGAGACACUGAAAGAGUUUUAUCAGGAAAUCCAGAGUUGCACAGUAGAUCUAGGAAUUACAUCAGACAGUUCCAAUCAUCCUGAUAACAAAAAUAAGAAUAGAUACAUAAAUAUAGUUGCCUAUGAUCAUAGCAGAGUUAAACUUACCCAACUUUCAGACAAGGAUGGAAAAGUUACUGACUAUAUUAAUGCCAAUUAUGUUGAUGGCUACAACAGACCAAAAGCUUAUAUAGCCGCCCAAGGGCCUUUAAAAUCAACAGCAGAAGAUUUCUGGAGAAUGAUAUGGGAACAUAAUGUGGAAGUCAUUGUAAUGAUAACGAACCUUGUUGAGAAAGGACGGAGAAAAUGUGACCAGUACUGGCCUGCUGAUGGCAGUGAAGAAUAUGGAAAUUUUCUGGUGACCCAAAAGAGCAUUCAUGUUCUCGCCUAUUACACCGUGAGGAAUUUCACUAUCAGGAACACCAAAGUGAAGAAGGGCUCCCAAAAAGGAAGGUCAAGUGGUCGUUUAGUUUCUCAGUAUCAUUAUACUCAGUGGCCUGACAUGGGUGUUCCUGAAUACACGUUGCCAGUGCUGGCAUUUGUUCGAAAGGCAGCCUAUGCUAAAAGACAUGCUGUAGGUCCUGUGGUGGUGCAUUGCAGUGCUGGUGUUGGAAGGACAGGCACGUACAUAGUAUUAGACAGCAUGCUCCAGCAAAUUCAACAUGAAGGGACUGUCAACAUAUUUGGGUUCCUGAAGCAUAUUCGAACACAAAGGAAUUAUUUGGUGCAGACAGAGGAACAGUACAUCUUCAUUCAUGAUGCACUUGUGGAAGCCAUACUAAGCAAAGAAACAGAAGUACCGGAAAAUCACAUUCAUGCCUAUGUGAAUUCACUCUUAAUACCAGGACCAAUGGGAAAGACAAGAUUAGAGAAACAGUUCAAGCUUCUGAACCAAUCAAAUAUACAGCAGUGUGAUUAUUCUACUGCAUUGAAACAGUACAACAGAGAAAAGAACAGGACUUCAUCUAUAAUUCCUGUGGAAAGAUCUAGAGUUGGUAUUUCAUCAUUGUCUGGUGAGGGCACUGAUUACAUUAAUGCUUCCUAUAUUAUGGGUUAUUAUCAAAGUAAUGAAUUCAUUAUUACCCAACAUCCUUUGCUACACACUAUCAAAGAUUUCUGGAAAAUGAUAUGGGAUCACAAUGCUCAAAUAAUUGUUAUGCUCCCUGACAGUCAGAAUAUGCAGGCAGAAGAUGAAUUUGUCUACUGGCCAAACAAAGAAGAUCCUAUAAACUGUGAGAGCUUUAAAGUCAGCCUGAUUUCAGAAGAGCAUAAGUGUUUAUCCAACGAAGAGAAGCUCAUAAUCCAGGAUUUCAUUUUAGAAGCUACACAAGAUGAUUACGUUCUUGAAGUGAGGCACUUUCAGUGUCCAAGAUGGCCAAAUCCAGAUAGCCCUAUUAGUAAAACAUUUGAACUUAUAAGCAUCAUAAAAGAAGAAACUUCCAACAGAGAUGGCCCUAUGAUUGUGCAUGAUGAGUAUGGAGGAGUGACAGCGGGUACCUUCUGUGCUUUAACAACACUUAUGCAUCAGCUAGAAAAUGAAAAUUGUGUGGAUGUUUAUCAUGUAGCUAAGAUGGUCAAUUUGAUGAGACCUGGAGUCUUCACAGAUACUGACCAUUACCAGUUUUUGUACAAAACUGUCCUCAGUCUUGUUAGUUCAAGGCAAGAAGAAAAUCCCUCGAUAUCCAUCGACAGUAAUGGCUCAGUUUUACCAGAUGGCAGUGCAGCGGAAAGCUUGGAAUCAUUAGUUUGACUUCAAUCAAAAUAUGACAGAGCAAUUAUCCAGAGCUGGAAAUAUUUCCUUUUUUUACAUGGGGCAGGGUGAUGUCCAGCUAUUAGAUAAUCUUUUUUUUAAAAUUUCAUUUGAUUUGAAUAAACAUUUCUUGCAAAUGCAUUAACAAUGUGUGCCUUUUUGAAAAAAAAAUCUCGUAAUGCAUUUUGUUAUGUUUGAACUAAUUUUACUGAACUCUGCAGUUUCUAAGAAUGGUAUGUAGUCUUUUACAGUAUUAGUUUUUAAUUUUUGUGAUUACAUUUUCACUUAAAUUUUAUCAUAACUAUAGAUGCUGAAGUUUUCAGCAACACACAUUUUAGUAUCCAAUUCAUUGUUAUUUAUAGCACUCCUAAUACUUUUGUUAGAAAUUUAACUUUUAAUAUGGUAGAAUGUAAAUAUAUUCUCUGUAAUAUUCAACAUUUUAAGACUUUAGUAGGCAUUUAGUAGAACUGAUACUUAUUGUAAAUAUUUCUAGAGUGGAUUCCAUGGACCAAAUUUAUAUUUAUAAUUGUAGAUUUUUAUAUUUUACUACAAAGUCAGUUUUCUAGUUCUGUGUAAUUGCAUUGUUAAAAUGACGUAGUUCUUAAUUUUAGUAGCUUCUGAUAUAUUGUCAUGCAUCCUAAAUGGUAACUAUCUCUGCAUGUAAUUUUAACUUUUGUGGGAAAUCGAAAUAUACUUGUUUUGAAAUACGAAGUUUCUAUGAAAAUAACGUCUGUACUAAGCAUUGUUUCAAUGUUUUCUAUCCACGGCAUUACAAAAAUGAGUAUCAAUAUUUCAGCUUGUAUUGAACACUUGGCAAAAAUAAAAUCUGCCUCAUCACUC